UUCUUCCUUACCUCUCGUCUCCCCUUCGCGAUUUCUCUCGUUUCUGGGUUCGUGUCUGAUCACUUUGUCGGAUUUUCUCGGCGGCUUUCUCACCUACCAAACAUCUCCCUCCGGCGUUUCUUCAUCCUCGGGUUCGUCAUCUCCGGGGAUCGCUGUGAUUUCUGUUUCCUUUGGGCGACCGAUCCCUUUCAAUCCGUCACUGUUCUACUGUGGCAUCGAAAAUCUAUGGAUAGGGACUAACAAGGAAUCUGUAAUCAAUUUUGGUGAAGAUUGAUGCGAAAUCUGUGCUGCCUCUGAUGGAUUUAUAUAUUUCUUCGGGGAAAGAACUGAAUGUUUCCCAUUUGCGUGGAUGGCAAUUGCAAAAUCCAACCCGUAUAACUCCAUGGACCUGGUGAAGCAAGAUGGAAAUGAUUCUCUAGAUAUGCUCAUCAGGCGUGCAGUUGGAAAGGAGCCCUUUCUUUCCUUCCCUAGGCCUGAAAAUAAUCCUGUCCAGUUGUUCCAACUUCUCCAUGCCUUUGAUCAACCAGAGGUCUCGGGCUGGCCAUUGCUUACCCCUUUGAAGGUACAAAUGCAGAAGUGUGAGAAGUGCUCUAAGGAAUUUUGUUCACCUGUUAACUACAGGAGACAUAGCCGCUUGCAUCGUCGUUUAAGAAAGCCUGACAAGGAUUCUGGCAAAGAUAGGAACAUCCUGGGAGCCUUCUGGGAUAAGCUCUCUGUAGAUGAGGCAAAGGGGAUUCUCUCAUUGAAGGGCAUGGCGCUGGAGGAAGUAUCUGGGUCAUCUGUUGAGUCAGCAUUAAUGACCCUUAUUCAAAAACCAGGAUUUAUUGCGCUGCCACAAUAUUAUCUUAGAGCUGGUUCUGACGUUUUGGAUAUUAUCCAGGCUAGACCAUCUAGAUUUCCAGUAUCUUCGCAAGAACUGUUCAAUAUUCUUGAUGAGGCUAGUGAAAAAACAUUCCUGUGUGGUGCGGCUGCAUCGAUGCAAAAAUAUAUUUUUGAUGGUGAAACUGGGAAAAGCGCACUGGAGGCAAAGAAUGUUGUUGCUUGCGCAAGCUUCCUUCUGGAACAGAAACUUAUUAAAGCAUGGCUUGCUGACAAGGAUGCAGAAGCAUUAUGGUGCCAGAAGUUACUGGUUGAAGAGGAAGAAGCCGCUCAAAGAAGACGAGCUGAACUCCUGGAGAGGAAAAGGAGGAAGAAGCUCAGGCAGAGAGAACAGAGAGUGAAGGAACAGAGGUCCGAACAGAAAGAAGAUUCCAAGGAUAGUGGGAGUACUACAUCAGAGGAACAGCAAGAUCCAGCUGAGUCAUCAAGUCCAUUGUCUGUAGCUUCAAAUUCUGAGGCACAAAGACCAGAUGGAAUUCCAAUGGAGGAUUCUUCGGAAACAAACGGUAGUGGAAACUGCGAAACUCGAGCACUGGUUAGCCACAGUGCUCAUGAUGAUGGUUUGGGUAAUAAUGGCUGUAUCAUGGAAAGGAAAGGUGGUCGGAGGCGAAUGGGUGGAUUUGUUCCUUCAAAAUCACGACGGGAAAUGCCUAAUGGGUUCCACUCUAAUCUGGGUUCUCAUGUACCGAAACUUGGAGGUAUGUCGAAGAAUGGAACUAACAGAGAAACAAGAGCAUCAGCAAUAGUCAACACCGCUAAAGUGUGGAGCCGAAAAACAGAUAACCCGAGAUCUAUAUCGCUGGAUGAGUCUGUAACUAAACCGGAUCAGACUAAGAAGAGCGAAGUCAUGAUCGGGUCAAUAUCUGUAACUAUUGGAAGCGGUGGAGGAAACAACCAGACGGGUAGCAGUGAAGAUGAUGGCAGGACAAAGAAUGAUCAGGUGAAACCUCUUCCAGAGCAACCGGCUGUAAAAAUAUGGAGGCCGGUGAGCAGGCAUGGAACCAAACCGUCGAAACAAAUUGAAAAUGCAGACAAAGAUUCGAUUCUCGGAAGCAACGGGAACAAGAACAUAUCACAUGUCGAAGAAAAGAUCACGAAUAAUGGAAGCUUGCAGUUCAACAUCUGCGAAGCAAAGGCAUUUCUUGCAGAGAGAUGGAAAGAGGCGACUUCGGUGGAACACGUGACAUUGGCUCUGUCUGAAGAGGACGACGCCAUUGAUCCGACGAAAGAGGUAGUAGUAAUCGCCAGAUCAAAGUCGAGAGUGAAACCCGACAAGGCUGCGAACAAGAUGAAAUUUUUCACGAGGGAAAACAGAAGACAAAACCCCCAAGAGAAAAAGAAAGUCAUCAUUCUUUUCCCCUUUCUGCUUUGCCUCGCAGGGAGAGGAUUACUGAAUUCAUUGCAAGUCAAAAGGCUUUCUAUGGUUUUCUCUUUCGUUAUUAUUCUAUUUCUGAGUAAAUAAUUUUACUCUU